ACUCCAAACAAACAUGAGACAUUUGGACCAGAACUUGUGAUUCUGUUCAUUUCUUUUGUCCCUUUGUGAAACUUAUGAGGGCAGAGCUAGAGGCCGGUCUAGGAGGGGGAGGCGGGUCCAGCUCCAGUUCCUGCAGCCUGGUUACCAAACCUCUUCCCUCCGACUGGAGGAACAAAAGUUCUGCAGGACCCGAGCUCGGUCAGGUUCUCAACGUAAAACCGAACCUUCGCUUCAUGAUGCUGGACAGCCAUGUUCUCCCUCUGCUGCUGUGUCUGCUCUGCACCGGAACCGGGGCUGCCGUUCUGGCUGAGAUGGAGACUGAGGAGGUGGUUCCCAUGCUGCUUACCAGGGAGGAGCUGGAUCUGUCCAAUGAUACAAUCCACAGCUAUGGUCAAUGGAUGGGUAAAACCAGAAGAGGAUAUUCUGAAAACAUUGUUGUUUCACUGCCAGCUUUUGGAAGAAACCUGUAUUUAAACCUAACAUGGGACGUCACAGUCCUGUCCAGAGACUUUGUAGUGGAGGAGAGGCUCAGAGACCAAAGAGUGGUGGUCAAACACUUAUCCAGCAACCAGCUUUGCUUUUACUCUGGUUUCAUCAUCAACCAGACGGACUCUCUGGUAUCUCUGAGCACCUGUGGUGGUUUGACCGGCCUCAUUCAGAUUGGAGAGGACAUCCUGAUCAUCCAACCAGUGGGCGAACACCACCAAUCGCAUUCCUUCUCUGGACUCAAACACCAGCUGGUGCGACACCAGUGCUCCACCAAGACCAGUGCUGGUCAACAUGCUGACCAGUCUGUUUACUGUGGGACAGUCAAAGGUGUCAAAGCGAAGAGAUCAGCUGAGAAGGGUCGCAGGAGGAGGGACACCAUCUACCUACAUGACACCUACACGGUGGAGACAGUGGUGGUGGCGGACUUUGACAUGGUCCAGUACCACGGAGCCGAAGUAGCACAAAGGUUUCUGCUGACUGUGAUGAACAUGGUUGACAACAUGUUUCAGCACCAGAGUCUGGGAGUCCGGAUCAACAUACGGGUCACCAAACUGGUGCUGCUUCAUGUCCGCCCCGAGACUUUAAAGGUGGGUUUUCAUGGAGAAAAGUCUCUGGAGAGCUUCUGUCACUGGCAGCAUCAGGAGUUCGGGAUUCCUCGGUAUCUUGGUACUAACCACAUCACAGGUGGAAGAGAUGACAUCCCAUCUGUGGACACGGCUGUGCUGGUCACCAGGACAGAUUUCUGUGUUCAUAAAGACGAACCCUGUGAUACUGUUGGUAUCGCCUAUCUGGGUGGUGUCUGCAGCGCCAAGAGGAAGUGUGUGUUAGUGGAGGACAACGGCCUCAAUCUGGCCUUCACCAUCGCUCAUGAGCUGGGACACAACCUAGGAAUGAGCCAUGAUGAAGAUCAUGCCAACUGCACCAGCCACUCCCACAUCAUGUCAGGUGAAUGGGUGAAAGGCCGAAACCCCAGUGACCUGUUCUGGUCCUCCUGCAGCCGACAUGACCUGCAGAACUUCCUCAGAACCAGAGCCAGUACUUGCCUCCUGCACACGGAUCCCGGAUAUCGGCUCCGAUUGUCCUCCAAACUCCCAGGAAUGCACUACAGCGUGAAUGAACAGUGUCAGAUCCUGUUUGGGGGCAACGCUACGUUCUGCAGUGAAAUGGAGCAUCUCAUGUGUGCUGGUCUGUGGUGUUUAGUCGGGGGAGAGGCAACAUGUAAAACCAAACUGGAUCCUCCUCUAGAGGGAACAGAAUGUGGAGCAGAUAAGUGGUGCAGAGCAGGGGGGUGCGUCAGUAAGACCCCCCUCCCUCAGCACGUGGAUGGUGACUGGAGUCCAUGGAGUCAGUGGAGCCUGUGCAGUCGGACCUGUGGUACUGGAGUCCAGUUCAGACAGAGGAAAUGUGACAACCCUCCGCCUGGUCCAGAUGGUCGCCACUGCCCCGAUAACAGUGUGGAGCACCAAGCAUGUGAAAGCCCACCAUGUCCCAAAGGGUCGCCAAGCUUCAGAGACCUGCAGUGUCUGUCAUAUGACCAACACACUGGCAAAUCAAAGGGCAGCUUAUUGAUGGCUGUCACUAAUGAUGAGAAACCAUGUGUGCUGUUCUGCAGCCCAGUGGGUCAGGAUGUCCCGGUUCUGGUGGCUGACAGGGUGAUAGAUGGGACUCCCUGUGGACCAUAUGAGUCCGACUUGUGUGUUAACGGAAAGUGUAAGAAAAUUGGUUGUGACGGGAUCAUCGGCUCCUCGGCCAGAGAAGACUCCUGUGGUGUUUGCAACGGACAUGGACACUCCUGUAAAAUUGUGAGAGGAGACUUCAACCAUACCAAGGGCAUGGGUCUCGUAAAUGAGACUGCAUGUUUUAAUGGGACUGGCUGUAUAAAUAAAGGCUACGUUGAGGCUGCGGUUAUCCCUGCAGGAGCAUGGAGGAUCAAAGUUAUGGAGGACAAACCUUCACAGAGUUUUCUAGCCCUGAAGGACUCCAGCAAGCGGUCCAUCAACAGCGACUGGAAGAUUGAACUUCCUGGAGAGUUUGAGUUGGCGGGGACCACCAUUCGCUACGUUAGAAGGGGAUUGUGGGAGAAGAUGUCAGCUAAGGGACCCACUAAGACCCCCUUGCAUCUGAUGGUGCUUCUGUUCCACGACCAGAGUUAUGGGAUCCACUACGAGUACACGGUGUCCCUGAACACCUCUCAGGACUGGGCCGGGCCGGACCAGACGGAACCGGAAUACCUCUACAUCUGGACCCACAGCAGCUGGCAGGAUUGUUCUGUCCAGUGUGGAGGAGGUGAGAGGAGGACAACAGUUUCUUGUAUGAGGAUCAUCAAUAAAAGUAUGGAGGUGGUGAAUGAGAGCUACUGUAACCCUGAGAACCGGUUACUGCCUAAAGUCCAGCUCUGCAACCCUCAGCCCUGCAGGUACAGGUGGGUGACAGGUGAGUGGGGGUCCUGUUCUGUCAGCUGUGGUAAAGGUGUUCAGCAGAGGGAGGCGUCCUGUGUUUCCGUCCUACAAAAUGGAUCGGUAGUCCACACCUCGGACCGGUUCUGUCCUGGAGGAAGACCUGCUGCUCUGCAGGGCUGUGAGGGCCCCCCAUGUGUUGCAGUGUGGGGGGCUUCAGAGUGGUCCGAGUGUCCAUCGAGCUGUGGUCAGGGAGUUCGCAGGAGGAUGGUGUGGUGUACCAACGCUCGGGGGGGCUGUGAUCCUUCAUCCCGGCCAGCUGAAGAGGAAUCCUGUGAGGUUCACUCUGAGUGUUAUGAAUGGAAAUUUGGAGACUGGUCCAAGUGUUCGUCCUCUUGUGGGAAAGGCCUGCAGUCACGAGUGGUCCAGUGUAUGCACAGAGUGACCGGCCGUCAUGGCAACAACUGUCCACUGAUGCUGAAACCACCCAUCUACCGGACCUGCCAUAGUGGGACCUGCACUGAGAUAGUGAACACCAUAACCUCGGCGAGGCUGGCAGACGCCUGAUGUCAGAUAUCUGGAUAAUGUCUGAUCUCUGCUCUGGAGCUCCUCCAGACGGUGGUGGACAGAUGAAGUUCCGCUACCUUAUCGACGACCGGACACACUUACCAGUGUUCGAUGUCCAAUGUUCUUCAUCUCCACUGUGACCAGGACCAACACAGGACGUUAUUCCUGCCUACAGUAAACCUGGAUAAAGACCCUAUGAUGUAUCCGGCUUUUUGUCCCUCUGUGGACUAAUAAAGUUUUUUUCUGGU